CAAGCAGUUUAUAUAUAGUUUUAUUUGUUAUCAACUAGGGUAAUAGUUUUGGGUAUAGGGUGUAGUUUUUUCUCCGUUUUUGGUCUAGGACAUUGGAAUUCAAGAUAACACAUGGUUAACGUUUUAGCAUGUGCUUGCAUCAUGGAACUUACUUCCUUAGUUUAGACACUUCCUCACACAAUGUCGGUGAAAAUGCAGCUGAUCUUUGUGCUCUUCAACUUCGUCUUGAUCACAGAGUCCAGUAAUGUGUCCAGAUUGGUUGGCAGUUCAGUUAAUCUGGACAUAAAGCAUCGUGUACCAAAGUUUGAUCACUUAUCCUGGGUUUUCAACAAAACUAAUAGUGUUCUAAAAUAUUAUACUCACAGUAAAAAAAUUAUACAGUCUUCUGCUUAUGAAGACAGAGUGGAAUUUAAUAAUGAAACCUACAGUCUGACACUGAAGAACUUACAGAAGACUGAUAGUGGAGAAUAUGAAGCAGAAGCAGAUGGUGAUGAGGUCAUUGUUGCUGUUAACUACAGACUCUUUGUGUUGGAUCCAGUGGAGGCUCCAGACCUGAAUCACCAGCUAAGCAAUGACACCUGCAACAUCACUCUCACCUGUAGAAGUCAUGACCUCUCUAUCAACUCCAGCUGUUACAAGGAAACCUGUGAGGAGAAGAACGUGGCAUCACCUGGAGGCGUCACCCUUUCCCUGUCUGUCAGUGGCAGCACCAUCAUCUGUAACCAUAGCAACUCAGUCAGCUGGGCAAACAUUACUUUGGACACGGGAAACAUCUGUACUGAAAAAGGUGCAGCCUCUCCCUCUGCUGGUGCAUCUGUGUGUUUGCUGAAGACUGUGCUGUAUCCCAUUAUUCUGAUUCUAAUACUGUCUAGUUCAUUAUAGCUGUUAUAAUGAUAUGCUACUCUACCUGCUUAAUUGUAUUUUUUGACUGUUAUAAUUAUGCUGCUCUCUUUUAGGGCUUGUCUUCUUGGAAUUUAUUUAUUUGUUUGAUUUCAUUUUGCCCACAUGCCCACCUCACAAGCUUAUGAACAACGUAAAAGUCCUGUGACACAAAUAUUUCUACUGUUUCUUAAUUGUAUUUUUUAACUGGAGUUUGCCCACAUGCCCACUGAACAACACAAAACUCCUGUGUUUGUUUUUUGAUAUAAUGUGUAGUGCAUCUUGGUUCUAUGUGCUGAAAUAUAAAUGUUUGUCCACAAGCUUUCUUUCAAAUGACCCCAUGGCAAAUUGUUGGGAAUUCAGAAGAAAAAAAAAACUGGAAUAGAAUGAUUAAAUGUAAUAACACCUGUGUGCCAUUAGGACAUUUGAUAACCUGGAGUAUUUUAGUCCUGUAGUCCAUU